UUUCGACUGUUUGACAGCUGUUUGUUUUCGUUAAUCGGCAGAGUUGAAAACACGUGCGCUACCGGCACACUUUAUUAAAGUUCUUCUCUAAACAUGCAAAAGCAACGUAAGUUUAAUCCGAAGAAAAGGCCCGCCAAGCAGAAAACGAAAGAUGCUUCGUGGCAACAGGUGAAACUGAACGGUCCGGUCAUUUCGGACGAGGGUGCCGAUUUUGGUGGCUUCAUCGGGCUGGAAGUGCUCGAGAACUACUCCGGCGACUUUGUGCGGAAGGAAAAGAGAAAGUACGACAAGGAUAUUGAUAGCUUAGAGAGGAAAAAGAAGUCGAAACUUAAGCGCUCAUUCGGCAGCGACAGUGAUGAUAGCGACGAUGAUAGCGAUGAUUCGGAGAAAGAGACGAAAAGCAAGAAGAAGAAGAAGAAAGCCAAAAAAAUGAAACCGCAAGCUGAGACCGACUCGAGUGAAGAUGAUUCGGGUUUUGAUGAUCAGCCGAAGAAAAAGAAUAAGCCCGAGAAAGAGUCUCCGCCCGUAAAGUCGAAGAAAAAUGACAGGGAACCAGGCGAAGAGGCAGAGGAAGCGACCAGUUCGACCUUUUCGAUGUUGCUAAAACCUCCAAAAGCCACUAAAAAGCAGCAGAAGCAAACAGAACCCUUGGUAAAGGAAACCAAAACGACUGUUUCGCAGCUCAAUUCCAGCUCCAAGAAGGAGGAGAAAAAAUCAAAACAAAACAAUAAAGCUGAAGCGCAGAAAGAGCCGGAACCUCCCAAGUCCAGUUCCAGUACCAAACCGCAGCAACACCAAUCGAAGCAAAACAAUGGCACUAAAGUGUCUGACAAACCCGUUCCGGAGCCUUAUUCCACUGCGGACUACACGGCUUGGGUACAGCUGGGCGUAUCAGAACCGGUUGUGCGAGCGCUUGCCGACAAAGGUUUCAAGGUACCGACCGAGAUCCAAAACAAAUCACUUCCGGUUGCCAUUUACGGGCGUCGCGAUUUGCUCGGUGCAGCGGAAACGGGCAGCGGAAAGACUCUUGCCUUCGGCAUACCGAUGCUAGAAGGUAUCAUGCGUCUGAAGAAGGGCAAGAAACUGGUGGCGGAUGAUUCGAGCGAGCACGAAAUGACGCCUCCACCGGAAGAUAUGGAAGUCACGGAGGAGGAUGCAAAGGUGUUCGCAGAGGAGGGUUGUAAGCUGGGCAAUUCGUCAGCCGCCCCUGAAGACAAACCCUUGUACGGGUUAAUCCUUACACCGACUCGUGAAUUAGCGGUACAGAUUAACGAUCAUCUGAAGGCGGUCGCUAAGUAUACCGACAUUAACAUUGCGACCGUGUUCGGUGGUUUGGCCACGGUGAAGCAGGAACGCAUGCUGCGCAAAUGUCCGGAGAUAGUGAUCGCAACGCCGGGUCGGCUGUGGGAGCUGGUUAAGAGUGAAAAUCAUCACCUUUCCAAGGUGGCAGACAUCAGAUAUCUCGUUAUCGAUGAAACAGAUCGAAUGCUGGAAAAGGGACACUUUGAGGAGCUGAAGGAACUGCUGGCCCUGAUCAACGCCAACGAGGAGGCAAAGAAGCUUCGUCGGAACUAUAUCUUCUCUGCCACGCUUACGAUGGACCAUGAGAUGCCUACUCAUAUAAAAAGACAUCCUAAGAAGUCGAAAAAAGCGCUCAAACUAACGCCCGGCCAGCGUAUGGCGAAUCUAAUCGAAACCAUCGGUAUGACCGAUCCGAAGAUCGUCGACCUUACGCAAGACCACGGCACUGCUCGUACGCUAACCGAAUCGCGUAUCCUGUGCCAGAUGGAGCACAAAGACUUUUAUCUGUACUACUUCCUCGAUCGUCAUCCCGGUCGCACGCUCGUGUUCUGCAACUCGAUCGACUGCGUGAAGCGGCUCGUUUCUCUGUUCGACUAUCUGAACUGCCAGCCGCUUAGUCUGUUCGGAAGCAUGCAGCAGCGCCAGCGGCUGAAGAAUCUGGAGCGUUUUACGGCCAACCCACGGGCACUGCUGAUUGCGACCGAUGUAGCCGCGCGUGGUUUGGACAUUCCGAACGUGGACCACGUUAUCCACUAUCAGGUGCCGAAGACGACGGAAAACUAUGUGCACCGUUCGGGGCGUACGGCACGCGCAAGCAAGGAAGGUUUGACGGUGCUGCUGAUUGGACCGUCCGAGGUGAGGGACUACGUUAAGCUGAACCAAGAUUUGGGCCGCACGGAGGAUCUGCCACUGUAUCCGACCAGCGAGCGGGUGAUGCGACAGGUGAAGGAACGGGUAACGUUGGCGCGGCAAAUCGAGCGAAUGGAUCUGCAGCAGCGCCGGGAAGGGGCGACCCGUUCAUGGGAGGAUCAGCUGGCAAAGGAGUUCCAGAGCGAAUCGGAGAUGGACAGCGAGCAGGAGGAGGUACGACGGACGGAGCAGACCAAGCGGAAGAGACAGUUUCGGGCAAAACGGCUGGAGCUUAGCCAGCUGCUGGCGAGGCCGAUUGUAGCUGAACGCAUCGAGAUGAGCUAUCCGUCGUUGAACAUUAACCCUACGAUGAGCGAACCGGCGGCGACGGAACAGUCCGCCAUCACCGUGGUGCGUAAAGCCGAACAGCAGCGCAUUCUCGAGAAAAAGCAGCAACGAAAGAAGAAGCGAGCAAAUUGAGGGAGUUUUUAGUGAGGCAAACUUUGUUCUCCUUUAAAUAAAUUUUGUAAAAAAGCAAAUUUACAACAUCAUAUAAA